AUCGCGUAGCUCAAAUGUUCUCCACCCAUGCUACUGUCAAUCCAUAGUAGCAAGUCAUAAAUUUCAGACCAAUAAUUGCUUGUUUAACAAGAGAUGGCAGUUGAAACUGCGCCGGAAUGCGCAAACUUGAAGGCUCUGCGGCUCCAUGGCCGGAAGAACAACCAACUCGACGAUGUUGCCCCGCAAAAGUGUGGCCACGACGAAGUCAGAUUGCAGAUCGCCUUCUGCGGCAUCUGUGGCACAGACAUCCACGAAUAUCUUGGCGGCCCUAUUUUUGCUCCUCAACCUGGGAUGAAAAAUAAAGUCACAGGAAUUGAGCUUCCCGUGACUCUUGGGCACGAGUUUUCCGGGACCGUCAUUGAGCUUGGCCAAAGCGUGAAGAGUCUCAAGUAUGGCCAGCGAGUCAUCGUCAACCCCGCCCUGGACGAGCGACACUUGGGAAUGAAACCCUGUAGCCCUUGUAAGACGGGUUGCUACAAUAUCUGCAAACGUUCCGUUACCUACGGGCUGAGUGCUGAAGGAGGCGGAUUUUGUGAACAAUCAGUCGUCAAAGCAACCAGUUGUAUUCCACUCCCGGACUCAGUCUCUCUGAAGGUGGGGGCUUUAUCUGAACCUUUGGCAGUCGCCUGGCACUGUAUCCGCGUCUCGGGAUUCAAACAAGGCCAGACAGCACUCAUAUUGGGCGCGGGGCCUAUUGGACUCGCGAUUUUGUGCCUCCUUAAAGUCUGGGGAGUGGCAAAGACAAUCAUCAGCGAAGUUACGGAAGCACGAAUUGACCAAGCGAAGAAAUUCGGAGCAGAUGCAGUGGUCAACCCCCUCGAACCAUUGACAGGAGACAGGGAGGACGAAGUUACCGAUCCUGUUGUUGCUGCCUGUCGAGAUCUUACUGGUGGUGAUGGAGUGGACGUUUCCUUUGAUGCUACUGGGAUGCAGUCAACUCUCGAUGCUGCCAUCGCAGCUGCUAAACCAAGGGGCAUCAUUUUCAACGUUGCAAUCCAUGAGAGGCCAUUGCUGCUUAACUUGAACCUUUUGGCGCAGCAGGAAAAGUCUAUCAAGGCAGGCAUAAGUUACACGAAUGAGGAUUUCCAUGCCGUGCUGAAGGUGCUUGCCGAGGGCAAAAUUCCGGCGGAGCAGCUGAUUACUUCGGUGGUGCCUCUGAGUGAUGUGUUGCAAGGAGGAUUUAUGGAACUCAUUAAUAACAAAGCGCAGCAUGUUAAAAUUUUGAUCCAGCCUGAUCCAGAUGUAUGAAUAUCUAGAAGUACAUAGUUUAGAAAUGGCAUUUUUCGU